AUUUGCAGACGGAACCGGAACAACGGUGAAGCACAACUUCCACACAUGUGUAUGGGAGAAAAUCGGCAUACGGCUUGUAAUUUUGCGGCGUUUUAAUUUAACGCUUAUGUUAGUUACAUUAUUAUUAUUACCAUCAUUAGUAAAUAACAAAGGCCCAUCUCAGCAGCGUCGACAACAUGGCGGAGGUCGUUCAGUACCGGAUUGAGGAGAGAAUCCCUGAGCUGGAACAGCUGGAAAGAGUAGGACUGUUCACCAGGAAAGAAGUCAAAUCUAUAAUUAAGAAAGCAACAGCUCUGGAAUACAAGCUUCACAGGUUGAUUGUCAAAAAAGAGGACUUUAUCGCAUACAUUCAGUAUGAAAUCAACGUGUUAGAGUUGAUCAAGAAGAGAAGAAUACACAUAAACUACCAUUUCAAGAGAGAAGAGAUUGAAUACCCCAUCAUCCACAGAAUAAAUAGUAUCUUCAAACGAGCAACCAAGAAGUGGAAGGACGAUGUGCAGCUUUGGCUCUCACAUGUUGCCUUCUGUAAGAAAUGGGGCACCAAAGGUCAGAUCAGUAAGGUGUUCUCAGCCAUGCUUGCUAUCCACCCUGACAAACCAGCUCUCUGGAUAAUGGCUGCCAAGAGUGAGCUUGAGGAUAGGAAUUCCUCUGAAAAUGCCAGACACCUGUUUCUCAGAGCUCUAAGGUUCCACCCAAAGGACAAGAAAGUCUACCAGGAGUACUUCCGUAUGGAGCUGCUGCAUUGCGAAAAACUGAAGAAGCAGAAGAAGGAGCUGGAGGAUGCUGAGAUGGACCUGGGUGAAUAUGAGUUCUCUCCUGAGAUCCUGGCAGGUAAACUGGCUGAGCUUGUUUACAAAGAUGCCACUGGAAAAAUCAAAGAAGCAGAGUUUGUCAUUUCACUUUUGAACAUAGCAGCUAUCUUUGACUUCACCAAAGAACUGCAGGAGUCCAUCUUGCAAGACUUAAACAGCAAUUACACAGAUGAGAGCUUGACAUGGGAUUUCAUGGCCAAAAGGCAGCUGGAAGGUCCGGGUGCUGGAGAGGAGCUGCAUUCGGCAAAAGGCCGGGCCUCAGACAUUAGCCGAAGAGAAGAGCGUUGCUGCCAGGUCUACGAGGAGGGCGUCAAGAGCCUCAGCACUGAGCCAAUGUGGACCUGCUAUGUGGCUUUCUGCUUGGAAAGACUGAAAAGAAGGACCAACGUCCAGGAACUGACGGAAAAAAGGCAGGAGAGGUUGCUCAGAGUGCUGCAACGCGCUCAUGACUGCUCACUGCUGAAGGAGAACUAUUAUAAAAACUGGAUCCUGCUCUCAGCCGGAGAUGCUGAGGGAGCGGCCAGCGUUGCCAUGGCAGCCACACAGCGCUACAGCCAAUCAGUGUCCAUGUGGAGCCUGAGUCUGCAGACGCUAAUGCAGCUGGGGAGUGGAGAUGUGGGCAGGUUAUUCAAGGACGCCCUCACACAUGUAAAUCCCAAGGAGAGUCUUCCCCUCUGGCAGCUGCAGGUCCAGUGGAGCAUCACCAACCAGACCCCUGAGGAAACUGAAGCUGUCUUCAAGAGAGGUCUGCUGUCUGCAGUAGCGGCUGUUGCCAUGGAGAUGAAAGAGCGCUACCUUGAUUGGUCCUACUCCAUCGGAGGCUACAAGAAAGCCCGGAAGACCUUUACAAGCUUGGAGGAAGACCGCCCCCUGUCCAAGGCCUUCUUCACCCGAAUGAUUGAGAUCGAGAAGGAGCGCGAGACUCCAAAGAUGAACUCUCUGAGAGACUACUAUGAGAGGGCCUUGCAGGAGUUUGGUACUUCAGAUGACGAUCUGUGGCUGCAGUACAUCCAGGAAGAGCUGGGGCCCCUCGGACGGCCAGAAAACUGCGGCAAGAUCCACUGGAGAGCCAUGAAGUUCCUGGAGGGGGAGAGCGUGGAGAGGUUCAUCUCUAAAUAUACGCUGCUUCAGACUGGACACUUGUAAGCGUUCGCACGGGGCCCGAUAGCGUGGAUCAAAGCCUGCAGGGUCAGCAACCAGUGUUUAACAGCUGUUGAGAGCGUUUGUCGUUUGAAGGAACGGCGGAGUUUCCAGCAGGUGUUCGUUCCUGCUUCUGCCUUUCGCUGGAAGCGUUUCUUACCCGCGCCGUUGAUUCCUUCACGGUGGUUCCACCAGUGUUUAGACAACUGCUUCUGAGUCGUUUUACAACUUUGUAUUUGAUACCUGACCGAUUGGAAAUGUGUUGUAUUGACCAGUUUAGGUGAGGCCCGUCUUUAUUUUCAUGAAUGAGAAUAAAACAGUCUUUCAUUACUUUC